UGAAGGAUGCCACUCUGGGUGUUCUUCUUCGUGAUCCUCACCCUCAGCAGCAGCUCCCACUGCUCCUCACCUGUCUCCCUGCCCCUCAGGAUGCGGCGGUACGCAGAUGCCAUCUUCACCAACAGCUACCGGAAGGUGUUGAGCCAGCUGUCUGCCCGCAAGCUGCUCCAGGACAUCAUGAACCGGCAGCAGGGAAAGAGGAACCAGGAGCAAGGAGCAAGGAUACGGCUUGGCCGUCAGCUGGACAGCAUGUGGACAGACCAAAACCAGGUAGCAUUGGAAAGCAUGCUGGUGGCCCUGCUGCAGAAGCACAGGUAGGGAUGUGUGUGUGUGUGUGUGUGUGUGUCUGUAUCUAGGAACCUCAGAGACUUCUUUUCUUGUGGGUUGCCUGGUAAAGGAAAGAAUUCCCUCCUCUCCAGAGAUGUGGGGCUUUACCAAGUGAUCCAAGAACAAGGGCCUCCUUCCACACAAGAGCUACAGGAAGAAAAACAAACAAACAAACAAAAAAAAGAGCUACGGGAAGGGGAGAAAACUUGUGUUGGAGGCUGCAUGAUACCCUCUCCUGUAUGUCCAGUGUGGAGUUAGAAGUCUGGGCCAGGAAAGGCUACUCACUGAGUGGUUAUGGAAUAGGUCCUAGAAACCUGAAUUUCAAUAAGUGUCCUAAAGGAUGCUGAUGUGGGUGAUCUGAGAAGUAUUCCCUGGAUCAUCCGCCAAGUUUACAGAGUAAUAAAGCCAAAGACAAGUCGGCUUUCCCAUCCUCUGUGAUAGACCAGUGUGUGCAGGCACACUGUCACCAGUGGGAGAUGAUCAUGACAGUAGUGUCCCAUCUCCAUGGCCCUCACAUUUCCACUGGGAGUCAAGGAGGAUUAGGAAUGAGUUUUCCUCUUUUAUGGAAGAGGGAAAGGGAGGCAAAGAAGGGGUUGCAGUUGGCCCCAAGUAAGGGACUGGCAAGCCCAAGGCCUGCAUUUUUUCCCUGGAGCAUCUUCAUGCAACAUUCCACUUCUUAGUCAAAGUUUCCCAAGGAUGGCUCAAGUAUUGUAGCAAGUGGAGAAAAAUUGCUAUAGUUUAGAGCUUUUGUGUGUGUGUGGUGCUGGGGGUCAAACCCAGGCCCUUGCACAUGGGAGGCCUAAGUGUUCUACUUUGAUGUAUCCCCAGCCCUGGAGCCUGAUUUUCCUUUGAGCACAAGCAUGUUCCAGCAGGGCUAUGGUGGGCACUUCUGCACCAACCUAUUAAGCAAAUCUGGUUCCCAACAGAGCUCUCCAUCUUUUUCCUCACCUUCUUCCAAACAUAAUCAAACACUGAGAGCCCAGAGAUCUCACCAGCAA